AUGCGCGGGGGCCUUCUAGGGGGAUACCUGGGCCGCUUCCUCCAGUGUCCCCUGGCCCAGCUGUGCGGGGGCUUCUGGCGGUGGCAGCUGCCUGGAGAGCGGCUGGGCGCACGCCCCUGCGAGGAGCAGCCGCUGCCCAGUCUCUCCGGAGGGGACGGGCCGCAGGUGUCCAGGCCGGGCCUCCCGCGGAACAGCGCUUUGACCCAGGAGGCCCCCGGGAGGAGCUUGUCCCGCGGAAAUAACAGCGCAGCGGCGGAAGGUGGGUCCGUGGGUCAUGAGAACGAGACGUCGGACACGGCCGACCACGGCCGGCCACGCUGUGGCGCGCACAUCACGGGCAGCUCUGCCCGCUCAGUGGCAGGCCACCCGGAGGGGCGCUCGUCCCUACGGAGGCCGCGUCCAGAGCGGACCGCAGAACAGCCCGAGCGCGAGGCAGGAGCCUGGCAGACGCCGAGCGGGCGCCUGGAGACGGGCAGACUUCGCGUCAGGUCUCCCCAGGACCCCGGGCCCAGCUCGGACAGUGGGCAUGAGGGUCGUGCCAGCGUCGCCGCGGCCCAGACCUGCUGCCCACCCCCGCUGCCCGUGGCCCCUCACCGUGGCGGCCGGCGGAGUGGGAACAAGCCGCCCGCACCCGUUCGAGACCCGCAGGAAAGCGGUUUUGGGGAAAGUGGCUCGUGUGUGGGGAAACAAAGCUGCAUCCCUGACGUGUCACUGCACGGAGGGGCGGGCGGGCGGCGGGAGACGCCGCAGCCAGUGAGGCGGGUCGGCGAGACGCCCGAGCUGGGCAGGACCCCGCAGUGGCCGGCCGGCGUCCUUGGGCAGCCGGCCCGUGGAGGCUGGGCCCGGCCUGGCCCCGGUCUCCGGGGCCCCUCCAUGCUGGCCGUGCGCCCCCGCGGGGUUCAGACCCUGCCCGCCUUCGGCUCCGCCCUGCCGUCCCCCGCAGGGCUCACAGGGACAGUGUGGGCUGGUGGAGCUGCCACGCCUCCGGUGGCCUUGCUGUGUCCACUGCGGGACGGGGCCCUGCGUGAGGCUUCCUGUGGGACGGGUCACCUGCUGCGGUGCCGGGGACUGGCCCGGCGGGUCAGUCUAGCCGGUGGCCGGCCCACCCUGGGGCGCCCCAGCACCCCCCAGGCUGCCUCCCCCGGCACCCCCAGGGGCAGCGAGGGCCCUGCCUUGGCCUUCGGGAAUGGGGACCUGCCGCUGGGGGCGGUCGUGGCCACGGCCCUGUGUGGGAGCGCAGCCGCCCAGGCGUGGACGCGGGAGGGGCGGCCGUGGCGCUCGGGCCAGGCGCCUCGCGCAGGACGGCGGGGCGGGGACGUCGUGUGCCGGACAUGGACGCUCCGGGGCUUCCUGGCGGGAAAUUUUUCUCCUGAGGUUGGGGCCUCAGCCGCUGGGCCGCUGCUGCAGUCCCGUCGCGUCAGGGAGCGCUCGGCGGCCCCCCCGCGGACACCCUCGGGGCCGAGUCUGGGCCCGCUGCGGGCCUGGCUUCCUCCCCGACCGCCCCCUCCCCAGCGGGACUGUCAGAACUACAUCAAGAUCCUCCUGCCGCUCAACAGCAGCCACCUGUUCGCGUGCGGCACUGCGGCCUUCAGCCCCCUGUGCACCUACAUCAGCCUGGCGAACUUCACUCUGGCUCGGGACGGGGCGGGGAAAGUCCUCCUGGAGGAUGGCAAGGGCCGUUGUCCCUUCGACCCCAACUUCAAGUCCACGGCCCUGGUGGUUGAGGGCGAGCUGUACACCGGAACGGUCAGCAGCUUCCAGGGGAACGACCCGGCCAUCUCCCGCAGCCAGACCACGCGGCCCACCAAGACCGAGAGCUCCCUCAACUGGCUGCAAGACCCUGCGUUCGUGGCCUCGGCCUACAUCCCCGAGAGCCUGGGCAGCCAGGAGGGGGACGACGACAAGAUCUACUUCUUCUUCAGCGAGACGGGCCAGGAGUUCGAGUUCUUCGAGAACACCAUCGUGUCCCGCGUCGCCCGCGUCUGCAAGGGCGACGAGGGCGGCGAGCGGGUCCUGCAGCAGCGCUGGACGUCCUUCCUGAAGGCCCAGCUGCUGUGCUCGCGGCCGGAGGACGGCUUCCCGUUCAACGUGCUGCAGGACGUCUUCACGCUGAGCCCCAGCCCCCAGCACUGGCCCCAAACCCUCUUUUACGGGGUCUUCACCUCCCAGUGGCACCGGGGCAGCAGCGAGGGCUCAGCCGUCUGCGUCUUCACCAUGGACGACGUGCGGAGGGCCUUCGAGGGCCUGUACAAGGAGGUGAACCGCGAGACGCAGCAGUGGUACACGGCCCCGGGCCCCGUACCCUCGCCCCGGCCCGGCGCGUGCAUCAACAACCAAGCCCGCGAGAAGAGGAUCAGCUCGUCCCUGCAGCUCCCCGACCGGGUGCUCAACUUCCUCAAGGACCACUUCCUGAUGGACAGGCAGGUGCGCAGCCAGAUGCUGCUGCUGCAGCCCCGGGCCCGCUACCAGCGAGUGGCCGUCCAGCGCGUCCGCGGCCUGGACCGCACCUACGACGUGCUGUUCCUGGGCACCGGUGACGGCUGGCUGCACAAGGCGGUGGUGGUGGGCAGCCGAGUGCACGUCAUCGAGGAGCUGCAGCUCUUCCCCGAGGGACAGCCGGUGCACAGCCUGCUGCUGGAUGCACAGGGGGGGCUGCUCUACGCUGCGUCCCACUCGGGCGUCGUCCAGGUGCCCGUGGCCAACUGCAGCCUGUACCGGAGCUGCGGGGACUGCCUGCUGGCCCGGGACCCCUACUGCGCGUGGACCAACUCCGGCUGCACGCCCACCCGCCUGCGCCAACCUGAGCCGGCCUCCAGGCUGUGGGUCCAGGACAUCGACGGGGCCAACACCGGGGACCUCUGCAACGUGACCAGGCCCUUGUCUCGUAAGGCGGAGGGUAACAAGUCUUGCAAGCAAGUCCACUUCGAGCCCCACACGGUGAACACCUUGCCCUGCCCCCUCCUGUCCAGCCUGGCCAGCCGGCUCUGGCUGCACAAUGGGGUGCCGGUCAAUGCCUCGGCCACCUGCCACGUGCUGCCCUCUGGGGACCUGCUGCUGGUGGGCAGCCAGCGGGAACCGGGCGAGUUCCAGUGCUGGUCCCUGGAGGAGGGCUUCCGGCAGCUGGUGGCCAGCUACUGCCCAGUGGUGGAGGACGUGGCAGCCGACCACGCCGACCAGGGACGCAGCGUGCCCGACAUCAACACGUCGCAGGUGAGCGCUCCGGCCGCCGGCCACGCCAGCUGGGGCGGGGGCCGGUCCUACUGGACUGAGUUUCUGGUGAUGUGCACGCUCUUCGUCCUCGCCGUGAUGCUGCUCGUCUUGUUCCUGCUCCACCGGCACCGGGGCAACAUGAAAGUCUUCCUGAAGCAGGGCGAGUGUGCCAGUGUGCACCCCAAGCCCCGCCCCAUAGUGCUGCCCCCCGAGACCCGGCCGCUCAAUGGCGUGGGCCCCCCGAGCAUCCCGCUCGACCACCGAGGCUACCAGGCCCUGUCGGACAGCUCCCCGGGGCCCCGGCCGGUCACCGAGUCCGAGAAGAGGCCGCUCAGCCUGCAGGACAGCUUCGUGGAGGUGUCCCCGCUGUGUCCCCGGCCACGGGUACGGCUGGGCUCCGAGAUCCGGGACUCGGUGGUGUGAGCGGACGAGACGGCCACCCUGGCCCGGAGCCCGAGCACCAAACCCUCAGCUGAGCUCUGCCCCUGCGGACACACGUGGCACCUGGCCCCGGGGCGGCAGAGCCGCUGCCCGCGGUGGCCACGAGCCUGCGCUGGCCCGGCCCUGGUGCAGACUAGCCGGGCGCCACGCAGGCCCAGCCGCGUCUGCGAGAACCAGGCCCUUCGUGGAAACUGUGAAGGCUGAGGACGGUGAGGAAAGCAGCGGUGGACACUCUCGGACUCCCAGCAGCCGGCUCCUCCCCGAGCCUGCUGCCAGCUGACCUUACAGGGGCCGGGCCCGGGCAGCCCCAGGGGCCUGCUGUGCCGCCCCGCCGCCUCAGGGACAGAGGACUGGGUUGGCAUGCGGCCUCACCUGGCCCUGAGCUCCGACCUACCUCCCGCCGUCUCUGACCCGUCGGCCGUGGACACUGCGGGCCUGGGGUGACCGUUCGCAGCGUUCUCGUGGUUCAGGGAAGAUACACUCCUGCCCUCCUGCACCCCAGCCCAGGGCUCCCCAUCUCUCCCCACAUCCUCCCUCGUCUUGAACUGUCACACCUUGUGUGCGCCCCUAAAAAAUACACUGCCCAGGACUGA